UAUUCCUGAGGACUCAGGUGUUAUUCCUCUGUACCCUGUAAAUUCACUGCCAUAAAUUACCUUUCAAACCGAAAUACAGCUGUGCAACAGAACUACUUCAAGGUAGAAGCACGAGCACAGAGGUGCCCAAGCAAACGAUUUUUGUACAAAGUCUCCCUCUGGUAAAAGAAAUAAAAAUUAUAAUGAUAUAGUUAAAAAAUCAUUAACGAUGACACCUUAAUAAUUAUAGACUACCUGAAAUUUACUAUUGUUACAAGAAUGAUAAAUUCUAAAAAUUCCCACUUAAACACUGGCAAAUAUAUGUUUUAAUGACAAAGUCAAACGAAGAAGUAGUUUUAUAGUGAUGUCAAAAUGGCAGAUAACAGACCAGCACCCAAGACAAUACCAGGAUGGAUAAACUUCGUAAUUGGAGGUCUCAGCGGGAUGAUGGCAACUUGUAUAGUUCAACCGGCUGAUUUGUUAAAAACCCGGAUGCAACUGCUAGGCCCAGAAGCGAAGGGCCAGUCCGCAAUAUCGGUAGCUAAGGGGAUUCUAAGAAAGGAAGGUCCCAUGGGAUUCUACGUAGGACUUUCAGCAGGAUUGUUCCGACAAGCCACUUAUACAACUGGACGGUUGGGCAGCUUCAAUACGAUAUUGGAUUGGUAUAAAGCUGAAUACGGCGUACCAAGUUUCAGUAUGAAGAUAUUGAUGGGCAUGACGGCGGGAGGUAUAGGCGCCUUCAUCGGCACACCGGCUGAAGUAUCUCUAAUACGAAUGACGGCCGACGGCCGGCUGCCUCCCGAGAAGAGGAGGAACUACAAGAACGUGUUCAACGCCCUCAAUAGGAUUGUUCGAGAAGAAGGUGUGACAGCGUUAUGGCGUGGAGCGGUGCCCACAGUCACAAGGGCCAUGGUGGUAAAUGCAGCCCAGCUAGGCACCUACAGUCAGGCGCGGGAGUUGCUGCUACCGACGCUGGGCGAGGGCAUAGUCCUCCAUUUGUGGUCUUCAAUGAUAGCCGGCUUCGUGACCAGUGCGGCUUCACUGCCUGUUGAUAUUGUGAAAACAAGAGUCCAAAUGGCGGCAAAAGGCUCGAGUCAAAUAGGUGUCCUCUUGAAUAUCGUCAAGAACGAAGGGGUGAUGGCGCUUUGGAGUGGCUUCUUGCCGACACUGAUAAAGAUUGGGCCACACACUGUCUUCACCUUCAUAUUCUUAGAGCAACUCAACGCCCUCUACUUAAAUACUUAA